AUGGCCCGAACCGACAUCCAGUAUGUCCAUGAAUCGGCUUUUCCGGUCUCAAAGACUCGACUUCCAGGCGAAUCUGGGUCGCUCAAGCGUCCUUCCAAACCUGCAAGAAGAUCUGGUGCUGAGGUUGGACGCUCCGCGUCCUAUCAUAUCUUCUCGCCUCAAGAUCCAGACAGCUCACAAGACCGGAUUCCCUUGCCUGAAGUAUUUGACAAUUCAUAUUCUCCUGUCGACCUCAGAAAGCGCGGCUCCAUGGCUUCGAGCAUGGCCGUGCAGGAUACCACGUCCAUGGAGCAACCAUGGACCUCAGAAGCACAUUUGAUGAACUUUUCGGAACCAGACACGUCUUUCGAAGGCGUUGACUAUAUGUCCAGCAAGGGUAAAUUAGUAAAACCCAAAGUGCACAUUAAACCAAUCUUGCGCAAAAUGUCCCGAGAUGAUCAACCAUCCACCUCAAUCGACUUGUCUCGAUCUUCUACCGAACAAGAAGGCUUAGGCAUUUACAUGAACUUCGAGCGGGAUAGACAACGCAGUGAAUCAGUUACAGGUGUAUCUUACAGAAGAACACCAUCCGUUCUGCACAAUCGAUCUACCAGUGGGACAUCUCAAUUUUCGACUGGCUCGGGCUCAAGUGUUGGUAAGCCGGGGACACAGUACGUGCAUCCUAUGCGGCAAAUGCCGCGGGCAUACACUCCGCCGCUGGGUCAAUCUUGCCAGGCAUCAGCCCAUGAUAGUGAAGAGGUUGAAGGAGAAGACGAAGACGAAGACGAGCCUGAUCCUGUGGCUUUGCCAGAGAAACGUGCUCCCUCAGGCCCAGCCCCACCACGAUUGUCGCUACAUAUCCAAGACGAUUCUUUCACGCGUCUCCCUGGAAUUUCGCAAACCAAUGUCGCUAGCCGGCCAUCCUUUGGAUACUCACGGGAUGAAACUGCAUCUCCGAUGUCCAGGACCUCUCUUGACUUCGUGUUCCGAUCCCGAACUCGAACAAGCACUGAUCCAAUUUCCCGCGCAGCUACAGUACAAGCUGCUCGUCAGGCUUUCGAGGAAAAAGAGGCUGCCAAGAACCGUCGGCUUGAGAAACAACAAGUCAAAGCCGAGGAGAGACAUUCACGACGCCUUGUGAAGCGCAACCCGUCUGAUGACCUCACUUCUCCCGUUGCGCAGUCAACUGAAAAUGUUUCUGAAAAGCCACGUUAUUCCACUGUUCACGAGAGGGACGGGCCAUCCGCUUCUUGGAAAUCCCAAUCUAAGAGCACAUGGGUGCUUUUUAUGACGUGGUUACGAACUCGAGUUUUCAAGUUCCGACGCAAGGUCCGGAAGCUUCGUUAG